AUGGAAUCACCCCGGACAAACGACACCCUUUCAGCGUCGGAAAGAAAGCGUAUGCGAGAUAGGAAGGCCCGAAAGGUUGCCAGAGAAAAACGGGAUACCCGAAUCAAAGCUCUGGAGGAUCGUGUGACUUACUGCAAGAGGCAUCAUGGAGCUGUCUGGGUGCAACAUAUAAUGGCAGCAAUGGAAAAUCUGCAGCGCGAGAACCAAAUGCUGCGCGAGCGCCAGGAACGUCUCCACGCCAUAUUCUCGUCGUGGGAACAGGAUGAGACCACUCUUCAGGCUACGCGUGGUGACAUGAUGCCGAUACGCAUUGAUCCUUCCAAUGCCUCUGCUGACCCUCUCUCUACCGAACAACCACUAAAUAUUGGCGUAAUUAAUAGAGAUGGGAUGCCCUCACAGGGAUCACGCUCUUCUCAUUCAAACCCAGCCAGUCCUCUGUUCCCUUCGGAAACAGCGUCAGGGUCUAUCCCCGCAUGGUCUCUGACCCCGAUUAAUGAGUACGGUCACAUAUCUCCGCCUCUACCGGCAACAUGCCUUUGGCUGGCACAUCCAGACCAAAUCGCCGCUUCUCCAUCCCUACCCUCCCCGCUCGACUUGCUCCACGGUACAAGACGAAACUUCUUGGCUGACAAAAUCAGCCAAGCCAUCCGAGUGCGAGCCAUCCGGGAUCCGGAACGUUUGGCAAGCGGGUGGCUGAUCUACGUCUUUAGCAAAUGGCGAGCGACCCCAACUAUGGCGGCCUUUUUGCACAUCCCGCCGUUUCUGCGGCCUGUCCUACUGCAGAUACAGCGCGGUCAUCCCGCCGCAAUAGACCUCUUUGUCUUUCCCCAAAUACGGAACAAUCUCAUUAAGAGCUGGGAUAAGUAUGACUUUACAGAGGUAGUUGACCAUAUGUCAUGUUGCCAGAAGGUACGGUGGCCCUGGGGCGAAGACAUCCUAGAGCGCGACGGCCAAGACAAUCUACAUAUCAGAAGGGAAUUUCUUGAUGUGUUUACGCGUGAGAGUGGGUGGGGCCUCACACCAGAAUUCGUAUUGCCAAGUAUUGGCUGA